UCCUCAUCCCGGCGGCCCAGCGCUCGAGUGGACGCGGGGGCUUCGCAAAUGGCUUGUCCCGCGCUCGGUCUGGAAGCUCUUCAGCCCCUGCAGCCCGAGCCGCCCCCGGAGCCCGCCUUCUCCGAGGCGCAGAAGUGGAUCGAGCAAGUAACUGGCAGAAGUUUUGGUGACAAAGAUUUUCGGACUGGAUUAGAAAAUGGAAUCCUUCUCUGCGAGUUGCUGAAUGCUAUAAAGCCAGGACUUGUUAAAAAGAUCAAUAGAUUGCCUACCCCCAUUGCAGGAUUGGACAAUAUUAUCUUAUUCUUGAGAGGUUGUAAAGAGCUGGGCCUCAAAGAAUCUCAACUGUUUGACCCGAGUGACCUCCAGGAUACGUCCAACAGAGUAACGGUCAAGAGCCUCGAUUAUAGUCGGAAGCUGAGAAAUGUACUAGUGACCAUUUAUUGGCUGGGAAAGGCUGCAAAUAGCUAUGCAUCCUACAGCGGAACGACUCUGAACCUGAAGGAGUUUGAAGGCUUGUGGGCUCAGAUGAGAAAGGAGACUGAUGACAUUGAGAGUCCUAAGCGCAGCAUCCGAGACAGUGGCUACAUCGACUGCUGGGAUUCCGAGCGCAGCGACUCCCUCUCUCCUCCUCGGCACGGUCGCGAUGACUCCUUCGACAGCCUCGAUUCCUUCGGCUCCCGUUCCAGGCAGACACCUUCGCCAGAUGUAGUGCUCAGGGGAAGCAGCGAUGGGAGAGGAAGUGACUCUGAGUCCGACUUGCCACAUCGGAAGCUACCAGAUGUGAAGAAAGAUGACAUGUCUGCACGACGGACUUCCCAUGGUGAGCCGAAAUCAGCAGUGCCUUUUAACCAGUACCUCCCCAACAAGAGCAAUCAGACGGCCUAUGUCCCCGCUCCUCUGAGAAAGAAGAAGGCUGAGCGGGAGGAGUACAGGAAGAGCUGGAGUACUGCCACCUCCCCGCUGGGUGGUGAGAGGCCCUUCAGAUACGGUCCGAGAACUCCUGUGUCUGAUGACGCAGAGAGCACAAGUUUGUUUGACAUGCGGUGCGAGGAGGAGGCCGCCGUGCUGCCGCACAGCAGGGCCCGCCAGGAGCAGCUGCAACUGAUAAACAGCCAGCUGCGGGAAGAGGACGACAAAUGGCAAGACGACCUGGCUCGUUGGAAGAGUCGUAGGAGAAGUGCAUCACAAGACUUGAUCAAGAAAGAGGAGGAAAGGAAAAAAAUGGAGAAGUUACUGGCUGGAGAGGAUGGAACCAGUGAACGAAGGAAAAGCAUCAAGACCUACAGAGAAAUUGUUCAAGAAAAAGAGCGGAGAGAGAGAGAGCUGCACGAAGCGUAUAAGAACGCACGGUCACAGGAGGAGGCCGACGGGAUCCUGCAGCAGUACAUCGAGAGGUUCACCAUCAGCGAGGCUGUUCUUGAACGCUUGGAGAUGCCAAAAAUUCUGGAAAGAAGCCAUUCAGCAGAGCCAAACUUAUCCUCCUUCCUGAGCGACCCCAACCCCAUGAAAUACCUGCGGCAACAGUCACUGCCUCCGCCCAAGUUCACUGCCACUGUGGAAACCACCAUCGCGCGUGCCAGUGCCCCGGAUGCCAGCACGGCAGCAGGCAGUGGGUCCCCCAGCAAAACUGUGACCCCCAAAGCAGUGCCUAUGCUGACACCCAAGCCUUACUCCCAGCCCAAAAACUCUCAAGAGGUUCUUAAGACCUUUAAGGUAGAUGGCAAAGUCAGCAUGAACGGAGAGACAGCCCACGGAGAUGAGGAAGAGAAGGGAAGAGAGUGUCCCACAGUGACACCUGCCGUCUCCUUAACCACGUCCCAGAUGUUUGAAGGUGUGGCCAGAGUGCACGGGUCACCAGUGGAGCUCAAGCAAGACAACAACAGCAUUGAGAUCAACAUAAAGAAGCCAAAUCCUGUUCCCCAGGAAGCGACAGCCACCACGGAGGAAACAGAACUGAACAACCACGAAGAUGAGAAAGAUGGUGGAGAACCAGGAAGUGAGAAUGCAGACCUUGCCUCAUCAGAGCCUCAGCACUUUACAUCCACCGUGACUCGCUGCAGCCCCACGGUGGCCCUGGUGGAGCUGCCCUCCAGCCCCUCGCUGAAGAAGGACGUGCCCGACGAGAAAGGCCAGAGGAGCUCAGAAAACGAAAUGAGCGGGAAGGUGGAGCUGGUGCUGUCACAGAAGGUGGUAAAGCCAAAGUCCCCAGAACCAGAAGCUACCCUGACAUUUCCGUUUCUGGACAAAAUGCAUGAAACCAGCCAACUACAUUUGCCAAAUCUCAAUUCUCAAGAGUCGCCUGGCACUGCCAGUGUUCCCCUUAGAGUUCAGAACUCUUGGCGACGGUCCCAGUUUUUCUCCCAGUCAGCUGAUUCUCCAAGCAAUGAAAAGUCACCUGUAACUACACCUUUUAAGUUCUGGGCGUGGGACCCCGAAGAGGAGCGCAGACGACAGGAAAAAUGGCAACAGGAGCAGGAGCGUUUGCUCCAGGAGAGAUACCAGAAGGAGCAGGACAAGCUAAAAGAAGAGUGGGAAAAGGCCCAGAAGGAGGUGGAAGAGGAAGAACGCAGAUACUAUGAGGAGGAGCGUAAGAUAAUUGAAGAUACUGUGGUCCCAUUUACUAUUUCCUCCAGUUCUGCAGACCAGCUGUCUACAUCCUCCUCUGUGACUGAAGGCAGUGGGACAGUGAAAAAGAUGGACUUGGAAAACUGUCAAGAAGAAAAACAAGAGAGAAGACAGAAGGAACCGUUCCAGGGAGAUGACAAUGACUUAUUGCAUAAAACUGGAGGAUGUGACCCACUGGAGGAGAAGGGCAGCCUAAUGCCAGAGACCCCGGCUCAUUCUGAGAAUCCCACAUCCAAAGGAAUCCAUCAAGACCAUCAGCUGGGAGCAGAGGCCGGAGCCCCCAGCUGUGGGCUGAAUCCACAGCUGUCUCAGGAUCCAUCCCAGCAUCAGCAGGUGUCAAACCCAGCCACGCACAUUUCAGAAGAUGUGAAGCCAAAAUCCCUGCCACUGGAUAGAAACAUGAGCCAUCAGAUUGAGUCUCCCACGGAAAGGCGAAAGAAAAGUCCUCGAGGGAGCUUCCAGGCUGGGUCCUUCUCGCCCUGCUCUCCCACCCCACCUGGCCAGUCACCCAGCAGGUACACAGGGUCGAUCAGCGGGAAGAAGCUGUGCUCUUCCUGUGGGCUGGCCCUGGGGAAAGGAGCUGCGAUGAUCAUCGAGACCCUGAAUCUGUAUUUCCACAUCCAGUGUUUCAGGUGUGGGAUUUGUAAAGGACAGCUUGGAGAUGCCAUGAGCGGGACGGAUGUUAGAAUCCGAAAUAGUCUUCUAAACUGUAACGACUGCUACCUGCGAUCCAGAAGUGCUGGCCAGCCCACAACCUUGUGACGUGGUAUUCAAGCUUCCAGAUCACUCGCCAUUUCUUUAUUGAGGGUGUCCCCUGGCAAUCUCUUAACAAAUUCCCAACUUCGGGGCUUCUUAGCAUUCAUCUAAUUCCUGAAAGGCUCUUCUAAAAGGUGGUAUCUGUUCUUUUGUAGCAAAGUGUUCUUUGUGUGUGUGUGUGUUCUUCCUGGUUUUUUUUUUUUUUCCUUCUUCUUUUUGCAUUUGCACAGUAUAUCCAAGAGAAUAUUGCAUUGUAAUGAUCCUGAAUAGUUCGAAAAGAGGUUUUAGCAUCAAACAGAUGACACAGGCUUACAGUUUAAAAUAUGCUAGUCUCUCCUCUGGGAAUUAGCAAAACGAUGCAAUAAACCUGUUUUUGUUUUAGCAUUUCUAGGAGUUAAACACUUUAUGUUUACAGAAUUGAACCGCAGAAAGUGUGCAACAUGCCAAGUUGAGACGUGGUCUUCUAAGACAGGAGCGGAAGCGGAGUACAUUUCAGAAACUACACGUCACAGCGAGCUCUGUCUCAGAGCUGUAACUUGUUUUUAAUGCAAAGAUGCUAGUCUGAUAAUAUAUACUGUAAUCCUGAGACAUUUGUGCUACUUACCUUUUGAGGUAGAAGUUAUACCAAUAAAUUAUUGCACUGUUAGUCUUAGAUUUUUGUGUACCUUAGAAGUUAUGUCAUUCAUAUAGGCUGGUCCAUCAGGUAAAGAGAACCCUUGCAAUAUCAGCUAGAUGUACACUCUGGGACAUUGCCCAAGGGUAGGAAGAAACCAGAAGGAAAUGUUUCUGUCUUCAUCUCCAAAGUCAUUGAGAGUUUAACCAUCAAAAGCGUGGUGGGCGAGUGAGAGCAUGAGGCCUGGCUGGCCGGCGUCUCUGCAGGCACUAGAUCGUCUUCAAUGUCAGUACGAGGCAUGUGGACCAUGAGGCAUGGGGAAGGUCCAUCAGUAGGUGUGUCACUGCUCUCACCCUUCUCUGCAAAUUCCGCGUGAAGCAAGCCGAUCUCCAGAGGGAAAUAUCCAGUCCACCUGAGUAGAAUCCAUAUGGCAAAUGAUGUGAUAAGCCAGUGGUGUGUGAGCGGAAGAACCCACAGCUCAGACCGGGCCCUGCGCGCUCUCGGAUACACACUGUCCUUCCUUCUCCCGCGGCCCUCCCUCACUAUCCGGAAUUCUGGACCUUGGCCGUGGAGAAGUCCAGAGAGGACCUCUUGUGGAGAAGCUGGUCUGUCUGCUGUCCUGUGGGAUGUGCUUCCAUUGCACAAGAAAGGAAUCAAGUUCCCAAAGAGCAUCACAGUUGAGAUCCUCCAGGCUGGUUUCUUAAGACUGGGGAAAGGGGAACUGUUUAUUCUGCCUUAAAAUGAUGGCAAGUAAGUGAAGAUGUCACUUCCUGAAUGUUGACUGUGGAUGCACUCCUAAUAGGUUGCUGUAGUCGUAAAAGCAGAUCAAGUAGAUGUUCUGUUAUGUAAGCAAUAAUUUGUUUUCUGUCUUAUCGAGUGUGGCUAGCAAUUAUUUAUUUCCAUGCUAGACAAUUCUUUGCAUGUGAGUUCCACAUAGGUGCGGGGAUUUCCUUAGCCACUGGAGGUAUGUUGACCGUUUUGUCAUUUGGACAACCGUUAUUAGAUUGGGAUUUACACAUCAUUUCAUUAAAACUUGUGCCUUAGAAAAUGCAGAGCUGUUGCACACAGUCAGUGAUGAAUUAUGGAUGCAGUGCAUUGAAGAGAGAUGAAGUCACUUCCAAGUUCCCACGACUUCUCAUGGAGGUGUUUGCUGUUUUACAGGAAAAAAAAAAAAUUCUAAAAAAAAAAAGAAAAAUAUUAAAAAGGAAAAAAAAGUUUUGGAAAUGUACAGAUUAAGUCUGAUAUUUUGAUUAACCACCUGCAUGUUUUAUUAAAUAUUUUGAUAACGUGGAUGUUUACACUUUGCAUGAUAGUAGCAGAGUAUUUCACCACCAACAAUGCACAAAACAUGUACAAUAUGGUCAUUCAUAACCGAUUUUUAUAGAAUACUUUUUACAUGUGGAACUCCAUCCGUUAUGUAAGGAUCACAUGAAUAUUGCACAUUCUCUUCUGGUUUCACAAGCCCAUUUAUACAUAUUUCUUAGUGAGACUCAUUGUACAUGUAUUGAAGCUAGAAUUGAGUCAAGAAAAAUAAAGCCCCAUUCUCCAACUGCAAAAUAUGCUUUCCCAUAAUGAACAGUAGUCACCAGCACAGAAUAAUAUCCAACAUUUUCUAAAUUCUAAUUGCCAACUGUUUCUAUUUCUAUUUGAUUUAUAUUUCAUUUGGAGUCUGUUACAUGGCAGCCUGGGCAGACUGGAUCUUACGUUUUCCAAAGAAGCAUAAUGACUAUGAUCUAUUUCUUUUCAAAUAAUCUUUGAGAUCCCAGGGGAAAAAAAAAUGUUCUGCUCUGCUGAGCUAUAAUGUGAAUGUGUUUCUUUAGAAAACAGAUGAGGCAAGUAAGUGAUUUAUUGUUCCUAAGGAAGUAUAUCUGAUUUUUUUUCUCAUACUCCAAAAGCUAGUCCCUUCUCUUUUUAAGGGAAAAAAAAAUGGGUAACUGUUUUUCACUAGCAAACUUUCAUGAUAUUUCCUCAUGCUUUCUAUGUAGUGUUAGUAAUGCAAUACAUAUUCUAGUUAUCUAUACACCGUGUAAGAUUUAACAAACUGAAAUGAUCCAGUUCAGCUCAUACGUGAGGCCGUCCAAAAGAUGUUACUGCUCUGGGUGGGCCAGUGUUCUGUAUCAGUUACACUAACUUUCAUUGAAAAUAUUUAUUCUAAAAUGCCUCUGAGACACAGUAAAAAAAUAAAAUAAAAUAAAAAGUUGUCUAAAAAUGCAACAGCUUUUAUAGCAAAUGUACAUUUAUAAAUAAAAUACUCAAAUCAA